UUGAACUCCCAGUGGCCAGCCAUUGUCGGCUCUAUCUCCUCCUCGGUCAUGGCGUUAUGGCUGCGGCUGUCCUGGUCGACGUUUGAAUGUGCUUUGCUGCAGGCGUUCGGACUUCAGCGUCGUCUGGUUCCUGCACUGGUAAUAGAGUCUCCAGUAAACUUCCCUCGUUCUGAAGCGGAAUCCCAUGAUGGUGACCGGAGUGAGAGUCCCAGCUUCCUAGAUAGUAUCUUCUGGAUGGCGGCACCCAAAAAACGGCGUACGAUUGAAGUCAACCGCUGUAGGCGGAGGGACAUUCGGAAGUUAGAAAAAGUUAAGAACAACAUAGAGGUCUGUCAAGUUUGUGGGCGCUUAAAACUGAAGCAUGUCCUAUGUGCCUUCUGCUAUCAAAAGGUUGUACAUGAAACAGCUCUUGUACGAGCACAGAUUCAGGCACAGGAAGGAAGGCCACAUAACACUCCCCCUGUAGAAAGUAUUAUACUUUAUGCAGGAGAAAAGGCUACAGAGGCUGAUGUUGGAAAAAGGAUCAUUGAAAGGAAUCGAAAGCGUCCAGCUUGGUUUACAGUAGACUCUUGAUGUGAGCACAAUAUAAGAGGGGAAAUUCAAGCUAAUGAGACCUUUUUGUUUAUGUCGUCAGGCAUUGUUAAAAUGUGCCACAGUUGCUCAAAAUAUACAAGUGUGUUACCCUUGUUUGUUAAUAAAGGAAGUAUGUUUCAGAAUAUUUCAGGAAUUUAUGGUCUAGAGAAAUGUGCAUUGUAAUAAAUCCUUUCUACACAA